AGAUUGCUUGGAUGAACAGCGACACCUUAUUGAGAAAAGAUUAAGUUUUUGUGUUUGUGUUUGUAUUUUAUACAUUUUCAUUUCGUUUCAGCAUAUUUAUAGGUUACACUGUCACUUAAUUAUUUAGUUUCAUUUCAUCUUGUUUCAGCCACUGUUUAACCCGGAAAUCAAUCUGUCUAAACGUUAACCCAUAAAAAACUCUGAGAUGUAUGCUAAUUAUAAUGACUCCAUGGAAGCUGGUAUUCAGCAACCAAACAUGGAUCAAUUUGAUGCUUUCUCCAACAAAUCAGUUCGACUUGCUUUCAUUCGCAAGGUUUACGGAAUAUUAAGUUUACAAUUAGCUAUUACCAUGGGCUUUGUUCUUGCGUUCACAUUAUCUGAUGAAGUUAAAGGCUUUGCUGUGAGGAAUUCAUGGAUGCUCUUUGUGGCCCUUGGCUUUUCUCUCGUCUCAUUGAUUACAUUGGCCUGCUGUGGAGUUCAUCGAACAUAUCCGUCUAAUUUAGUAUGCCUUGGCAUAUUUACAUUAGCUGAAUCGGUUAUGAUUGGUUUCACCACGGUUUUCAGAGGAACAGAAAUUGUAUUAUAUGCCGUUGCAAUAACUGCUGUGAUUGUUAUAUCGCUAACGCUAUUUGCUUUCCAAACGAAAGUCGAUUUCACAGCGUUUAAUGGUAUCCUAUUCGUCUGUCUCAUGGUAUUCAUGUUAUUCGGUAUUCUCAUGAUAUUCAUCAAGGGCAAAACUAUGAUGCUUAUUUACUCGGCCCUCGGAGCUCUUCUAUUCUCAGCAUAUUUGGUUGUUGAUACGCAAAUGAUUGUCGGAGGAAAUCACAAGCUUCAAUUCUCUCCAGAAGACUAUAUUCUUGGAGCAAUCACAUUAUAUGUCGAUAUCAUCAAUAUUUUCAUCCACAUUUUGCAACUCCUUGACAUAGCAACUAGAAGUUAAUCUCAUUAUCUAAUUGUUGAAUUCAAAAUCAGCAGAUCAAAUUGAGAACAACGUGAAACCACCAAAAAAUCCAAAGUUUAAUUAAAAAGGGCUAUUUAUCGAUCAAGCUUUGCGUACAAAUAUUAAACAUGAACAAAAAAUUAAGUCGUUAAAUCAAUUGAUUAAAGGCAAAGCCUCAAAUUCAUCCUAAAAUUCAUUUAUAAUUAUCCCAAUUUUCAAUGACCAAAACAGUCUGAAAGUUUGCGUUAUUUUACAUCAAUCAUUAAAACUUUAUUAUUCCAUUUCAA